AUAAACCUGGCGAGGGAGACGAACCUGGGUCGUCGUCUGCCGACGAAUGGACUUCGCGGUGAAGUAAAUAAACAGAAAACAAAAUGAACACUGUUGAAAAGAAGCUGGCGGACCUGAUACGUGAACACCCGAAUCUGUACGAUCAAUCACGGCGGGACUACAAAGACAGUCUGAAGGGGCAUUUGUCGUGGAAAGAAAUCGCAGACGCCAUGGGAAGGUCGGAGGAAGAGGUGAAGCUGAAAUGGAAAAAUCUGCGCGACAAGUUCUGUAAAGCGAAGAAGCGAAUGGCCAAGAGAAACGCCCCCCUGCUGGACGACGAGGAGGAGAACCCGGUGGAGAAGCCCGUCCCGGUGCUGUACAACCAGCUGGCCUGGCUCAGCGCCUAUGUAAAACCCAGAGUGGAAACUGGCAUGGGAGAAAACGAGGUAGCUGGAAGUGGUGAUGACCUGGAAAAAGAGCGAGAUAAAGACGAGAAGGAGCAGCAUGGUCCCCUGCCUGUCGUUAGUACCAGUUUUUCUCCUGUGGAAUCCUGUCCGACCAACCAUCAGGAGAUGGGAGUCUCUCUUAAACGUAAAAGGCAAGCAACUACUGAAACUGAUAUAAGUUCUGCAGAUGCCCUCACCAACGUCAGAGAUGAAGACGAACUGUUUCUGCUCAGCCUUCUGCCCUCACUGAAGAGGCUUACCAUUAAAAAAAGAAUGGAGGUGCGAAUGAAAUUCCAGCAGGUGCUUUAUGCUGCAGAGUUUGAGGACUAAAGAGCUCAAAAGGCAGUAAAUAUUGGUAGGUGGUAGUGUUUUUUUGCAAUUCAUUCAACUUGUAAAUAGAGGUUUUUUAAUAAUUAUGACUUUUUAAUAUUUAUUUUUGGCACACUCUCCCUGUUAAAAUAUAUAGAAAUAUAGGUCUAGUUGACCAUGUAUCAAAAGCUUUGUCUCUGGGUUUGAGAACAGAGGAAAUGUAUCCUAUUUUGAAUGUAGGUUGUAAAACUAAAGUAAACAUAGAGUUAUUAGUUAAUUAGGUGCACAGGUUCAGUGACAUGUAAUGCAAUCAAAUACAACAGCCCAAUAAUAACUUUGUCUUCUUUGAAGCUGAUAAUGUUCACUCAUCUAAUUUUUGAGGCAGAAAGUUGUGAUAUUGUUGUAUUAGACUGUAUUAUAUUAGUGCAUUAUGUUUUAAUAUUUUGUCCACACCCAUUAAUGUAAUUGGGGCUAAGGCUCGGGCUGGGCAAAACACAUGCAUGUACAUUGGUUAAGCUGGUAACUCAGAAUGAUGAAAAAUCAGAAAUUUUUUUUGGAGCCAUUGGUUUCUAGUGAAAAAUUCUCAUUUAUAUUUACAGUUUGAACAUACAGAUGUCACAAUUACACAAUAGUUUAACUGAUUAACAUUGUUAAUUUCGUUGUUGCCACAUAAAACCUGAUGACAGCACAGUACCCUCUCUAUUUUCCCAGAGUUUAUCAACAUUAAUUUCAGGGUAACAUUUUUAAUUGACUGCAAAUAUGAAUAGAGUUUUUUUCUUCAACUAUAAGCUACAAAUUGGGGAAGUUGGGAAACAGUAAACUCCUUCCAAUAAUCAUUCCGCUUUGCAACACUGCCUGAUUCAUUUCAAAUAUUUUUUUUUAGAUUAGACAAAGCUCACUGACUGUGCAUAAAUAGCUCUCCUUUAUUAUUCUGAAAGGAGUCAUUCUACUGUAUAUAUUUUACAAAUAAAUAUUUUC